AUGGCGUCGCCCUCAUCCCAGACGGGCGCCGACCCCUCAAGCGCGGGCGGCGACGCGGCGGACGCCUCAUCAUCGCACGCGGGGCGAUCACGCGUGGGACGAGAAAAUCAGCGCUACGGCGAGGCGGGCGCGAGGCUCGUCGCCGGGUGCCUCCCGAUCCGCGCGCGCGCGGACGGCGCCGGCGUCGAGGUGCUCAUGGUCACGAACAAGCACGGCGACGGGAUGAUCUUCCCGAAAGGGGGCUGGGAGAACGACGAGACCGCGGAGGACGCCGCGGCGAGGGAGUCGAUGGAGGAGGCUGGUGUCCGCGGCGAUCUGAGCGAUCUCGGCGAAUUUACCUUUCGCUCGCGGAAAGGCACGGACAGCGACGGGGACAAGCUGCGAUGCGUCGCGCGCGUCUUCGUGAUGCGCGUCACCGAGGAGAUGCCGCGCUGGCCGGAGCAGCACUCGAGACAUCGGUCGUGGUGCCACCCCAAGGUUGCGAUCGCGUCGUGCAAGCACGAUUGGAUGCGCGACGCGAUAAGACUCUGGGCGAGACGCGAUGGGAUCGAUAUCGACGUGUGA